AUCACAACCACAACGAGGCGUCUGGACAAAGGGAAAACAUGGCGCAGAGUUCCACCGAGACGAGCGAAAAGCAAGAGACGGAUAGAACCGGGUACACGAAGCUGGCAAACGGUAUUGUGCUGGGUCCCGAUGGCAAGCCAUGUCGAACAUGCAACGAUGUGAAAUCCCUCUUUGCAAUGUCCGGCAAACUGCCCACGAAACGUACCCAGUCCCAACCCACCACUACCACCGCUGCCGCACCCACGCUUCCCGCCGACUGCCCUCCCGAUGUCGAAGAGCUUGGCCGCUCUUCCUGGACACUUUUGCACUCCAUAACUGGUGCCUACCCAGUAAACCCUUCACCUCAAUUGCAAUCUGAAACUAAGUCGUUCCUUACCACGUUUGGCAAACUCUAUCCAUGCUGGGUCUGCGCGGAGGAUUUCCAGGCCUGGAUGCAAAAGAACACGCCGAGGGUGAGCAGUAGAAGCGAGUUUGGCGAGUGGAUGUGCGAGGCGCAUAAUGCUGUAAAUGAGAAGUUGGGCAAGCAAACCUUUGAUUGCAAGAGGUGGGAGGAACGCUGGAGAACAGGGUGGAAGGAUGGGAGGUGUGACUUCUGAUGGUACGCGUCAUUCCCACAAUACGAAAGAAACGAAGGUUGUACGAUUACUGUACGAUUAACUGGGCGCAUGAAAAAGACGGGUAUUUGCAUACAUAGCGCGGACGCUACUUUGUAAAACAGCACAAAUAGAGAGACACGGGCGUGAAAGGCGGCGUUUAGGUCAUGGCAGCUCAACCAAACAACACAUGUCAAGAUGAGACUGGGACUUGAUAAGGGAAGAUAGGCUACGAACUCCUCAGUCGCUGCUUCUCCAUACCAGCAUUGCCCCUCAUUCAAACAAUGGUCGACUACCAGACCGUCGAAGCACUACACGUGCCCAUCUGGCUCAACACCUGGCCAUGAGCUCACAGCGUGGUAAUCACGCCACACACGCGAGCGAUUCAGAAAUGCCAGAUAAAACUGCUAGACACAAGUGUUUCCCGCACG